AUGAAGCCUGGUCAUGUCAAUGCAUUAGCACGAUACUUUUUAAAUGGGCUACCUACUUCAUUCAAGCAGACUAUCAUUGUCUGUGAGAAGUUAGCCCCUGGAGAAGUAGUCAUCAAAGUAAGCCUUGAUGACUACAAACAUGUCAACACACUUCUUAAUGAAGAGGAUACGGUGGGCUCUCUCUCUCGGAAUGCAAAAAUGAUGAACUUUUUGAAGGGAGCCACAACUAUGGGUGUGGUUACAGCAAAUGGAGAGCUGCUAAUCAACACGGGCAGUUUCAUCAUCUCCUUGGUAGACCAUGGUGGUUCCAAAACCAUGGACAUAGCCAUCGACAAGAUGAAGUUUUAA